ACAGGCCCUAGGCGCCAGGGCCCCGGCGUUGGCAGUUGGCGACCCCCCUCGGGUCCCCCUCAUGGGCUCCUGGCCUGCGAGUGUUUUCCAUAUUUGCUCAGCCAGGCCUCAGCAGACCAGGCGGGCCCAGCUCCUCAGCCCAAGCGCAGCUACCAUCAGCUCAGCGGGAACAUGGGGCGCAAGUCGGGCCCCGGAGUACCGGAGCGCGCGGAGGAGGAGGAGGAGGCGGCGCGGACCUGCUGCGGCUGCCGCUUCCCGCUGCUACUCGCGCUGCUGCAGCUAGCGCUGGGCAUUGCGGUGACCGUGCUGGGCUUCCUCAUGGCGAGCAUCAGCCCCUCCCUGCUAGUCAGAGACACUCCGUUCUGGGCUGGGAUCAUUGUCUGCGUGGUGGCCUACCUCGGACUGUUAAUGCUCUGGGUCUCAUAUCAAGCGGACGAGAGAACAUGUGUCCAGUUUUCUAUGAAAGUCUUCUACUUCCUGUUGAGCGCCCUGGGGCUGAUGGCCUGCGUGCUGGCUGUGGCGUUUGCUGCCCACCACUAUUCCCUGCUCGCACAGUUCACCUGCAAGACCUCCCUUGAUUCCUGCCAGUGCAAACUGCCUUCCUCUGAGCCUCUCAGCAGGACCUUUGUUUACAGGGAUGUGGCUGACUGCACCAGUAUCGCUGGCACUUUCAAGUUGUUCUUAAUCAUCCAGAUGGUUCUAAACCUGCUCUGUGGCCUUGUGUGCCUGUUGGCUUGCUUUGUGAUGUGGAAACACAGGUACCAGGUCUUCUAUGUGGGUGUUGGGCUGCGCUCUCUGAUGGCCGCUGAUGGCCAGCAACAAAAGGCCUGACAGCUCGGCUCACAGGGAGAGGCCGAAACAGCACACUGACUAGCCAAAGUGAAAAGCCACAAUUUUUUAAAGGUAAACGUUUGACAGCAAAUGCUCACUUAUUCUCUAAAUGAAUAUUUUUAGAUUUUUUUCUUCAAAAAAAAAAAAAAAACUCUUUUGGAUCUUUAUUAUACUUUUUAAACAUUUCUUGUGAGGACAGAGUGGAGAGAUGGCCCCCGAGUG